AUGAAUCGGAUUAUAUUCCACGUGAAUCAUCUGAUUCUGAGGGUAGCGAUAAAGCUGAUCACUAUUGAUGAAAAUGAAAGUGCCAUCAGUGUAUGCAGGAGGGUGCUAAGUGGCUCAGAAACUGAUGAAAGAAUUCAAGAAACGGAAACAGCUGUCGAUGGUACUGUAUGGACAAAAAUUGCCGAAGGUGAUACUCUAGGAAGGUCAUCAUCUAAUUGUGUGUUCAAGGAUGUGAACGGGCCAACAAGCUAUGCAAAAAAGAAUAUUAUUACAGAUGAUUUAGUCAGUGCAUUUUCGUUGAUAAUAGAUAAUUAUAUUAUCAAACACAUAAAACAGUGCACAGAAGAUGAGGGCAGUCGAAUUUUGGGGUACGAUUGGAAAACAUCGUUACCGGAAAUACGUGCAUUUAUUGGAAUUUUAUAUGCUCGUGGGGCCUAUGAGGCAAAAAAUUUGAAAUUGACUUAUUUAUGGUCCGCAAAGAAGACAUUACAGAUCAAAGGUAAAGAAAAUAUACCGUGA